UACUGCGGUUGCGCGUGAGGUGCUGCACACAGUUCUAGUUGAAAUUGAUUUAAAUAUAAAUAUUAAAAAUUUAAAGUGUUGUAAUUUGCAUAAAGAAAUUUAAGAGGUUAAUUAACAAAUGAACCUCAUUGUAUUUAUUAGCUGAUAACCAAUCGGAAGCUGCUCAACUUAAAAAGUACGCUAAGGUUCCAAACAGCAACGCAGAUAACAAUAAACCUCACCACCACCAGCGCAAUCAACCAAAAAAUAGACUAAGACUAGCCGCCAAGUGCGAUAAGUUUUCCAAAACAAAAAUUGUUGUCCCUCAACUAAAAUGAUGAACGAGAGCACAGAUGUUGCGGCUUCGGUGAGCUCGGUAAAACCGGCCAGCAGCCACAUUUCUACCUCACUCCAGGAACCGGUAAAAUUGCGCAUCGGCGAAGAGGGUGUUACGGCUAGGGAGCCACAGAAUAUACCACAAUUUUUUCACGAUUGUUGCAAGCUUUAUGCCGAUUCACCGGCACUAGUCUACGCUAAUGAGGCAUCACCAACUGUCAGCUACAAGGAAUUCGAACGUCAUGUGGAGCAAACCGCGCUUAUGCUCCUGCAUGUUGGCUUACAGCCACGCUCGUCCAUUGGCAUACUGGCUUUCAAUUGCCCCGAAUGGUUUUAUGCUGAAUUUGCUGCUUUGCGUGCCAACGGCAUAGUAGCCGGUAUUUAUCCGAGCAGUUCGCCGGAGGCAGUGCAUCAUGUGCUGGAAACUUCGCAGGCGUCUGUUUGUGUUGUGGAUGAUGCGCAGCAGAUGGCAAAGGUGCGUGAAGUGAAGGAGAGAUUGCCCCAGUUGCGCGCGGUUAUACAGUUGCAUGGCCCAUUCGAAGAUUUUGUGGGCACAGAGGAGGGCUAUUAUCGCUGGGCUGAUAUGCUGGCAUUGGAGUACGACAAUCAGCUGCGGGAGGAACUGGCGCGGCGUGAGCGUGCUGUUGGCGCCAAUGAAUGUGCGAUGCUGAUUUUUACGUCGGGCACUACGGGCCUCCCAAAAGCUGCUAUGCUUUCGCACGACGCUAUCAUCUUAAACUCUAAAUAUGUCACCUCAGAAGUCAGCCGCUUCCGUAAAACCGGUGAAACAACUGUCUCCUACCUGCCUUUGAAUCACGUUGCCGCACAAAUUUUCGACGUCUACAUGGGCAUAGGAAAUGGUUCGUGUAUCCAUUUUGCCGAUCGCGAUGCACUUAAAGGGACACUCCUGAAAACAUUUGCCAAGGCGCGUCCCACAAGCGUUUUCGGUGUACCGCGCGUCUUUGAGAAGAUACAGGAGUACCUAAAGCAACUCGAAUCAACCUCGUCUAGAUUUGCGCGUUACACAUUGGAUUGGGCACGACAAGUGACUUUAGAGUACUACCUGCGCAAAAAUGACAAGUCAAGCUCUUUCAAAUUAUGGUUGGCAUCAAAGAUUACGCAUCAAGUUAAGCUCACCUUGGGUCUUGAUCGGUGUGAAUGGCUACUCGUGGGCGGUGCGCCUGUUUCAGAGGAAAUGAAAAAAUUUUUCCUAAGUCUCGAUAUGCCACUUGCGGAAGCUUAUGGACUCUCUGAAAUGGGUGGUGGCGCGGUGGUUAAUUUUAAUUAUGCCAAUUUGCGUACUUGUGGGAAAGUACUAGAUGGCGUGGAAAUAAAAAUUAAUAAUCCUGAUGUAAAUGGCCAAGGCGAGGUCUGUCUUCGCAGCCGGUCCAACAUGAUGGGUUAUCUUAAUGAGUUGGAAAAGACACGUGAAGUCCUCACAGAAGAUGGUUGGUUGUUAACCGGUGAUUUGGGCCAUUUGGAUAUCGAGGGUUAUCUUCAGAUUACUGGCCGCAUCAAAGAGUUGGUCAUAACAGCAGGCGGCGAAAACAUACCACCAGUACAUGUGGAAGAUCUGGUCAAAGCGGAAUUACCUUGUGUUAGCAAUGCCCUGCUGGUGGGUGACCAUCGCAAAUAUCUAGCCAUACUACUGACGUUGAAGACUGAUAUAGAUUCGCACACUGGCAUGCCCUUGGACACACUACAUUCGGAUGCCGUUGCUUGGCUGAAGAAUUUAGGGUUCAACUAUACAAAGUUAUCGGAGGUUUUAAAUAUACCAGCUGACUGCAGUGAGUACGAUGACGCCACUGUGUUAGUAAAGCCCGAUGCGAAGAUAGUGACGGCCAUAGAGGAAGCCUUGAAACGGGCCAACACGCGCGCUCUGUCUAAUGCACAGAAAGUACAAAAGUUCGCAUUACUGCCGCACGACUUUUCAAUACCCACUGGCGAAUUGGGCCCAACACUGAAGUCGCGUCGUAAAGUAAUACUACAGAAGUAUGCUGCUGUUAUAGACCGCAUCUACGGGUAGUUCUAUUUCUCUUUUUAAAAUUUACUACAAACAAAAAUUAAAUACUUAAGUAACUUAGUUUAGUUAAUACAAACAAUCUAAAAGUGAAAAAAAAACACGUGAAAGUUUGGUAGCAAAAUUAGCCACUGGGCUUGGAAACAAGUGGGCGUACUAAAAAUCUUAAAAAAAACAGAAAACUUUAGCUUCUUGUAAAGUGUCUUUAAAUUAAAGUAUUUGUAAUAAAUGACAGAUGCAAUAAUACAUUUGGAAUCGGAGGUUAGUAAAAA